CACCAAACAAUCCUCGUGUCUAUUUGUUAGACACAUCUGUUAGCUGUGUUUAUCGAGAUCUGUGAUCAAGCAUGGGAUGUACCAAGAGAACAAAUCAGCAUGGGACAACCACAUCUCGUCAUCGGCACUCUUGUCGUCCUCUUUGCAUUUGCGUGCGGUCAGUUCCCGCCAUCCGGAUCGGAGGCACAACCACAAUGGCCGACAAGCGUACAGACCGAGAUCACUCUGCAAGCCGGCACUAUUAAUGGAACCUUCAACAGCCCGGAAUUUCCUCAAAACUAUCCAGACGGUUUAAGCAUCCGUUGGCUGAUAGAGGCAAGCAUUUCAAAAACCAUACGGCUGACUUUCCAUGCCUUCGAAUUAGAAAGGACCAACAUCUUGGGUGAAUGUAACUUUGACUACGUGGCGGUAUACAGCCGUGACAGAGCAGGCUGGGACACUCUUAUCGGAAAGUUUUGCGGACAGACGCUACCCAGCAGAAGCAUCACAUCCAACACGAAUGCGAUGUCGGUAGUGUUUGUGUCUGAUGGCUCCAUUUCUCGGUCAGGAUUCAAUGCAACAUUUGGUACUGUGAGACGAGAACAAGGGCUUACAGGAGGAACGGAUAAUCACCAGGAAUGUAUCGGCGUUCCUGAGGAGUUCUACAACUACUGUAAAGAUCUCGGGUACGAGAGAACGACGGCAACGAACUUCUUCGAUCAAAGCAUCAACGGCACUUUGGAGUCACCAGAGUGGUUGAACAUGAAGACUGUCAACACGUCUUGCCAUCCACAUCUUCGGCUGUUCAUCUGCUCGCUGUUGAUGCCUCGCUGUCUACUUACAGUCGAAUUCUCAUCGAGGGGAGUUCAAUUUGUUCCAAAACAGCAGGUGCCUUGUCAGUCGUUGUGCGAGGAAGUAAAGUCGGCGUGCCCAUCAGCCUUCGCCAAUGGAACUCUUCAGUCCACGGACUGUAGUGGACUGAAUGGUACAGACUGCCUCAACUUGGAUUCUCCUCAAGAUUGCUACUACGGUAAGGGCCAGAACUACAGGGGCAUGUCGACCCUACCCGAGGAGAGUGACAGGGUGUGCUUGAACUGGACGAGUGUUCUGACUGGACAGCUGCUGUACAGUUACAACUGGGCAGACCCGCGGGAAAAUUUCUGCAGGAACCUUGGUCUAGACGCGCCUAUGUAA